AUGCAUCAGCCACCACGCAUAGGAGACCUACCUAAUCUCGACGAAAACCCCGUGGUGUACGAAAGGGCACGUCACCCGGCUUUUUCCACCAUUCACGCCAGACUAUCGACCUAUGAAUCGUGGCCUCCCGAAAAAGACCAAACGCCGGCGUCGCUCGCAGAGGCAGGCUUUUUCUAUGCGGGUUUUAACGACAAUGUGAAGUGUUUCUUUUGUAGCGGCGGGUUGAAGAACUGGGAAGUUGGGGAUGAACCUUGGAGGGAACACGCCAGAUGGUUUCCUAAAUGUGGAUUUUUAAAACAAUGUAAAGGACUAGAGUUUAUACGGAGCGUUGUGAGGUCUAGACGGGGGUCACCUCCUGGUAUCCCGGGGGCCGGACUGGAAGGUGCACCAUCCUCUCAAACGUUGACAUAUAUUUUAAUUCAUUUUCAUUCUGGCCCACGUACAUUGAGUGCUGAAUUAAGAAAACCCUAUGCUCGUGCUGCGUUAGAUGUGGGUUUUGAGGAAUCCCUGGUGAAACAGGCCAUUCAGCAAAGAUGGGAUACACUUGGAGACGACUUCCCAAAUGCACCUGCUCUUUUAGACGCUCUAUUUGAACUACAGUCAUCUGACAUCACCAAACCACGUGACACUGAAUCCCCUGUCGAAGGCGCGUCUGCGCUCACAACACCCGAAAAGAAAGAAAAAUUGAAAGACGAAGGGAAGACGAAGACAGAGGACCCUUAUGAAGAUAUCAGAAAGGAAAACCAACGUCUCAAAGAACUAAAACUGUGUAAAAUUUGUAAAGCGGCCGAUGCUGAUGUCUUAAUUUUACCUUGUGCGCACAUUGUGUCUUGUGACAAUUGUAAGCGACACCUUUCUUUUUGUCCCGUCUGUGGUGGAAGAAUAACAGCACUCGUGAAAACGUACCCUGCUUAAGGUGCAUUUCCUUUCGGUAGACAUUUACGGGAACCUUUGUUAUUCAGGUCCUCGUAUCAUUGGAAGUAUCAGUGCGUG